AUGACAUUUCCUGAAGAAGAAGAAGAAGAAGAAGAAGAAGAAGAAGAAGAAGAAGAAGAAGAAGAAGAAGAAGAAGAAGAAGAAGAAGAAGAAGAAGAAGAAGAAGAAGAAGAAGAAGAAGAAGAAGAAGAAGAAGAAGAAGAAGAAGAAGAAGAAGAAGAAGAAGAAGAAGAAGAAGAAGAAGAAGAAGAAGAAGAAGAAGAAGAAGAAGAAGAAGAAGAAGAAGAAGAAGAAGAAGAAGAAGAAGAAGAAGAAGAAGAAGAAGAAGAAGAAGAAGAAGAAGAAGAAGAAGAAGAAGAAGAAGAAGAAGAAGAAGAAGAAGAAGAAGAAGAAGAAGAAGAAGAAGAAGAAGAAGAAGAAGAAGAAGGGGAAAUGCUCACCAUCAAAUGAAAAAAGGAAAAAGAAAUUCAUAUAAUGCAAUUCGAAGAGAUAGGCCCCCAGUACAGUUGGGGUGUGGUUGAAGAAGAAGAAGAAGAAGAAGAAGAAGAAGAAGAAGAAGAAGAAGAAGAAGAAGAAGAAGAAGAAGAAGAAGAAGAAGAAGAAGAAGAAGAAGAAGAAGAAGAAGAAGAAGAAAAAGAAACUCAUAUAAUGCAAGAAGAAGAAGAAGAAGAAGAAGAAGAAGAAGAAGAAGAAGAAGAAGAAGAAGAAACAAGAACCAAUGAACACAAGCACUGA